UUUCGGGUUCACCUGUCCCUAUCCCCACUCAUACCAUUUUCGUGACCUUCGCACUUACCACUCUUCUCUUUCGUUUUCCAUUUUCGUCGUUUUUUAGUUUUUUUUUUUUCCCUUUAAUAAAGAGAACAGCUACUGUCAUAACCCGCCAAAUUCACCAGCACGAACUUCAAUUAGUUUUUGCUUUUUGGGAAUUUGUUUCUUUUUCUUUUUGACGCUCCUGAGCCACAAGUUUCUUCCAUCUCUUGCAUUUCUUGCUUGCGCAGAAAUCUUCGUUUUAGAUUUUCUUGUUUAUUGUGGUUGGAUAGAUACGCUGGUGCGUACAUACAUAUAGGUGUCCGCGUGCGGCUGUGUGAAGAGUUUGGUUGGAUUUACGGGUGGGUUUUCUUGGGCGAAGUUGCGGAGUAGUUGAUUGAGUUCAGUACACUAUCUUGGGGAUUCAGAAUAAAGGAAAUUCUAUAGCUACCCAGGCUGGGGCUGAUGAUUGAUUCAUAACCAUGAGCUUUGAUUCUUAUAUACGUUCAUGGGCAGUAGCGAUAAUAAGAAAUUGUCAGAGAUUGUUGACGUUGUGAAAUCAUGGAUUCCAAGGAGAGCAGAACCUGCAAAAAUGUCGAGAGAUUUCUGGAUGCCCGAUGAGAGCUGUAGGGUGUGCUACGAGUGUGAUUCCCAGUUCACUAUUUUUAACCGCAAGCAUCAUUGUCGGCUGUGCGGACGAGUUUUCUGUGCCAAGUGCACUGCAAACUCCAUCCCCGCACUAUCUGAUGAGCCCAAGAGUGGACGGGAGGAUGGGGAUAGGAUUAGAGUUUGUAAUUACUGCUUCAACCAAUGGAAGCAACAGUCGGCUACUGGUAAUAACAUGACGAUUGGAUCAAGUCCAGGACUGAGUCCUUCACCUUCCUCUUCCAGUUUGAUCAGCAAUCAAUCUAGUUGCUGCACCUGCAAAAGUGGAAGCAGUGCUGGUUCAGCUGGAUAUUCUACAGGGUCUUUCCAGCAUGUUUCGUGUGCCCUCGGUCAAGGCCCUUGCCAGUCAACACAGAUGGAUACAAAGCCAGCAAAGGAUCAGGCGAGGAGUCCUGAAAAGGUGGACUGUCUUGAUGCUAGGGAUACUUUCAGCGACCACUUUGGAUCAUGCAGCAGGAGUGAUGACGAGGAUGACGACUACCCUAUGUGUGGAUCACAUUCUGGAGCUACUCCCAUAAGUCCUUCUGACAGGAGCUAUGGUACUAUCAACUACUGUCAGAGUGAUCGCAUCUAUGAGCCUCAUGAAGUGCAUUCUAAUGAGGAAAACCUGCACCCAGGUCAUAAUUCAACUCUAUCACCUGAAAAUAUUGAGACACAAGGAUUGGACUAUGCAACAAGGGUCGUGGAAGAAACAGAUCUACAGGAUAAUCAUGCCCAAUCUGGAGCAUCUCCAUUAGAUGGUUUAAAUGGUGAAGAAGUUGAAGCUGUGGAUUAUGAAAACAAUGGGCUUAUUUGGCUUCCUCCGGAGCCUGAAGAUGAAGAGGAUGAGAGGGAAGCCCCUAUAAGUGACGACGACGACGAUGAUGUUGGUGAGGAUGCCACAGGAGAGUGGGGUUACCUACGCUCGAGCAGCUUUAUCGUUGGAGAUCGAAGUAGGGAUAGGUCAAAUGAGGAGCAUCGAAAGGCCAUGAAAAGAGUAGUUGAUGGGCAUUUCAGAGCUCUAAUAAGUCAACUUUUGCAGGUUGAGAACCUGCCUGCAACUGAGCAGGAGAGUUGGUUGGAUAUUAUUACAACAUUGUCUUGGGAAGCUGCUACUCUUCUAAAGCCGGAUACAAGCAGGGGUGGAGGAAUGGAUCCUGGUGGAUACGUUAAGGUUAAAUGCAUCGCCUGUGGGCGUCGAAAUGAGAGUAUGGUGGUUAAAGGGGUUGUCUGCAAGAAAAAUGUGGCUCAUCGAAGAAUGACUUCAAAAAUUGAUAAAGCACGAUUACUACUGCUUGGUGGUUCCCUGGAGUACCAACGGGUUGCUAACCAUUUAUCAAGUUUUGACACUUUAUUACAGCAGGAAAUGGACCAUUUGAAAAUGGCUGUUGCAAAAAUUGAUGCACACCACCCAAAUGUCCUUUUGGUAGAAAAAUCAGUAUCUAGAUAUGCACAAGAGUAUCUUCUUGCCAAGAACAUAUCACUGGUUCUUAACAUCAAGAGACCACUUUUAGAGCGUAUAGCUCGCUGCAGUGGUGCACAAAUAGUUCCUUCAAUUGAUAAUCUUUCUGCACCAAAACUAGGAUAUUGUGACGCGUUUCAUGUGGAGAAGUUUCUAGAAGAUCUUGGAACUGCUGGCCAAGGUGGAAAAAAGUUAACAAAGACACUGAUGUUUUUUGAAGGUUGUCCGCGGCCAUUGGGAUGUACUGUUUUGCUCAAAGGUGCCAGUGGGGAUGAGCUGAAGAAAGUUAAACACAUAGUUCAUUAUGGUGUUUUUGCUGCUUAUCACUUGGCACUCGAAACUUCAUUUCUUGCUGAUGAAGGUGCUUCUCUGCCAGAACUCCCUUUGAGGUCUCCGAUAAAAGUUGCAUUGCCUGAUAAUCUGUCAAGCAUUGACAGGUCCAUCUCUAUGAUACCUGGCUAUAGUGCUCCUUCCUUUGAAAAGCCUCAAAUGCAAGAACAGCCCAACAAUUCAUCACGAAAUGACCUGUUUCCCGAUUUCAAACAGUCAUCUGGAGUAGUUCCGAUGUCUGAGGCAGACUCUUUUUUGUCUAGAGGUUCUAUUGCUCAAGCUCCAAAUGCUGAAUCUGCCACUAGAAACAUGGAUAUUGCUGAUUCUGGUCCUGAUUUAGGUCCUCAGUGGGAGCAGUUAUCUGCUGUUCACCACCCUAAGGAGAAUAGUGGGCUGGGACUUAAUGGAUGUCAUGUUGCUAAAACAUCGAGUUAUCUUGAUGAAGUGGAGGGAAAUGAUACUUUAGAUUCUAACCUUGUUUUCGAGUCUGAGGCUUCAGGACAAGGCUUUAGGUUUUCUCAUGUUGAUGGGAAUAAAACACCUGCAAAUUUGAACAGUUCUGAGUUGGUACCUUUCGGACAGCAUAACAUCAAUCACCCUGGGGAGUUGGGACCAGCGCAAGAAGACUUUCCUCCCUCAGCAUCUGAUCAUCAGAGCAUUUUGGUUUCCCUUUCAACAAGAUGUGUGUGGAAAGGAAGUGUAUGCGAGCGUUCUCAUCUUUUCCGAAUCAAAUACUAUGGAAAUUUUGAUAAACCUUUAGGUCGAUUUCUUCGGGACCAUUUGUUUGACCAGGAUUACCGUUGUCGCACAUGUGACAUGCCUUCCGAAGCACAUGUCCAUUGCUAUACCCAUCGACAAGGCAGCCUUACAAUUUCUGUGAAAAAGCUUGAGGAAUUCCUCUUGCCAGGUGAGAGGGAAGGAAAAAUUUGGAUGUGGCAUCGAUGCUUACGUUGUCCAAGGGCCAAUGGUUUCCCUCCUGCCACUAGAAGAGUUGUAAUGUCUGAUGCUGCCUGGGGUUUAUCAUUUGGAAAAUUUUUGGAGCUCAGCUUUUCAAACCAUGCUGCUGCAAGCAGGGUUGCAAGCUGUGGUCAUUCCCUUCACAGAGAUUGCCUUAGGUUUUAUGGUUUUGGGAGGAUGGUUGCAUGUUUUCGGUAUGCUCCAAUCAACCUUCACUCUGUCUAUCUCCCACCCCCAAAGCUUGAAUUUGACUAUUACAAACAGGAGUGGGUACAGAAAGAAUUUGAUGAUGUCCGCAGCAGGGCAAAUCUCCUUUUCGCUGAGGUGUUGGAAGUACUUCAUCAGAUUUCAGAAAAGAUCAAGACUGGCACUGGCAUGAGAGCAACUGAAUCUGGUCAACAGAUAGCAGGACUGGAAUUGAUGCUUCAGCAAGAAACAAAAGAACUUGAGGAAUCAUUAUUGUGCUUGCUUAAAAAGGAAGUAAAAUCUGGUCAGCCAGAGCUUGAUAUUCUUGAGAUCAACAGACUGAAAAGGCAGUUAGUUUUUCAUUCAUAUGUCUGGGAUCAGCGCCUGGUGCACGUUUCUAGGUCCAAUGUUCAAAGUUUGAACAGUUCAAUGCUAAAGGAGAAACCUGCAGAUUCUAGGGAGAAAAGGACUGAGAUGGAUAUGGUUUCCAGGUCUGGGGUUCAGCAUAGAGGGGUCAGCAGCUGGGACUCUUCUCUUGCGAAUAUGAGUCCUGUUGGAGUACUGAAUGAGGUAAAACAUGGCCACAUUAACUCUCCUAAUGGCUUUCAUAAAGCACCAGACAUAAAUCGGACAUUGAGCAAUACACAGGACACCUCUAUCCAUUCUUCUGGCCCAGAUUUGAGUAACCAGUCAGACAUCCUGGAAAUUGGAAAAACUGUGCGAAGGGCUCGAUCAGAGGGCCAGUUCCAGGUGAUGGAAAAUGCAUCUGAUAAUUCAGAUGUUGCGGGGACUGGGAAUCACCAGCCAGAAACCCUAGCUUCUAAAGAGUUCAUUGCAUCUCCAAAUAGACUCCCCAGAAAGUCUUCUUCUGGAAUGAUUUUGACCACAGUAGAACCAGUUGUUGGUAACUCCACAAAUGAUAGAUUUGUGGCUGAAGAGGCUUACCCUUUACGUCCUGCAUUGCGUGCUACGCCUAAUGAUAUGGAAAAUCCAAGUAGUUGGGUGAGGAUACCUUUUUCAGCUCUGUAUAGGUCAUUCAACAAGAAUUCUUCAUCAAAUGCACAGAAGCUUGGCAAGAUUAGUGAAUAUAAUCCUGUCUAUAUCUCAUCGUUCAGAGAACUGGUUCAUCAGAGUGGUGCUCGGCUACUGCUGCCUAUGGCUUCUAGUGACACUAUUGUGCCGAUUUACGAUGAUGAGCCUACUAGCAUCAUUUCAUAUGCCUUGGUGUCACCAGAUUACCAAAACGUUAUGUUGGAGGACCCUGAAAAACAGAAAAAUUCUUUGGAAUCAUCAACUUCAUUUUCAAUAUUGGACUCAGUUAAUUUACUUUCACUUCAUUCUUUUGAUGAGUUACCUUCUGAAUCCCUAAGGAGUCUUGGUUCUGCUGAUGAAAGCGUCUUGUCCUCUGGUUCUCGGACUUUCUCGGGAUUGGACCCUCUAUUUCCAAAUGCUUUACAUGCCAGAAUAUCUUUCUCAGAUGAUGGUCCUCCAGGGAAGGUGAAGUAUACUGUGACAUGUUAUUUCGCCAAGCAGUUUGAGGCCUUGAGAAGAACUUGCUGUGCAAGUGAGUUAGAUUUCAUCCGCUCUCUUAGUCGCUGUAAGAAGUGGGGUGCACAGGGCGGUAAAAGCAAUGUCUUCUUUGCCAAAACAUUGGAUGACAGAUUUAUAAUCAAACAAGUAACCAAGACGGAGCUAGAGUCAUUUACUAAGUUUGCACCAUCUUAUUUCAAGUAUCUAUCUGAAUCCAUAGAUAGUGGAUGCCCCACUUGCCUUGCAAAGAUCUUAGGCAUUUAUCAGGUCACAUCCAAGCAUCUGAAAGGAGGAAAAGAAUCAAGAAUGGAUGUUUUGGUGAUGGAGAAUCUUCUUUUCAGACGCAAUAUCACACGGCUGUAUGACCUUAAAGGAUCUUCUCGAUCACGAUAUAAUCCUGAUUCAAGUGGAAGCAAUAAAGUUCUGCUUGAUCAGAAUCUGAUAGAGGCUAUGCCAACUUCUCCUAUUUUCUUGGGAACCAAGGCAAAGCGUUUGCUGGAGAGAGCUGUGUGGAACGACACUUCAUUUCUUGCUUCAAUAGAUGUGAUGGACUACUCGCUGCUGGUUGGCGUAGAUGAGGAAAAGCACGAGCUGGUGCUCGGGAUUAUCGAUUUCAUGAGGCAGUAUACAUGGGACAAGCAUCUUGAGACUUGGGUGAAGGCAUCAGGCAUCCUCGGGGGGCCCAAAAAUGCCUCUCCCACAGUUAUUUCUCCAAAACAAUACAAGAGAAGGUUUAGGAAAGCCAUGUCUGCUUAUUUCCUAAUGGUCCCAGAUGAGUGGCCUGCCUUGAUGAUCCCUCGCAGUGAUUCCCAGUCAGACCUAUUUGAAGAGAACUCUCAAGAUAGGAUCUCCCCACAAUGACAACAUAGUUUUUCAUUCUUGUAAAUGUAACGUGUCUUUACAUGACACCUUUUUUCUCCUUACAGUUCUGUUUUUCCAUAGUUGCCCGAUUGGAUCUGUUUGUAGACUUGGAUGCAGAAAACACAUUUCUGUGCAAGAAUUUUUUGAUGUAUAUACUCUCAGGAUGUCUGCGGUAGCUUCUUUUAGCAUUUAUCAGCUUUUUACUUUACUGAAAAUAAAUGAAUAUUUGUGAUUCA